AUGGCGUUGGACAUCCAAGACAGAAAUCCUGUUGUGCGAGGAGCUCCAGUGGUGAAUCCCAAUGAUCAACUCUUUUGGUUCAAACGACCCCGCCUCAUUCUUCAUCUCAUACAUUUUUCCCUAUAUCAGAGUGCUUUCCACCUUGCUUUUUUCUUUUGGGCAUGGUAUGAGUAUGGCCUGGAAUCCUGCUUCCACAAACAGAUCGCAAAUAUUGUAGUUAGAGUAAGCUUGGGAGUUACAGUUCAAAUACUGUGCAGCUAUGUAACUCUCCCUCUCUACGCUCUUGUUACACAGAUGGGGACAAACAUGAAAACCACCAUAUUCGGUGAAAGAAUAGCCAGCUCCUUGAAGAAGUGGCACCAGAGAGCUAAGAGGAACCUUGAGGAAAGGCAAGAAAAUGUAUCAAAGUGGACAAACAAAUUCACCCGAAGGAUCUUCUCCAGUUCAUCUUUUCCACAAUUACAAAAGUGUAAGAGACCCAGAAAGCUUGGAGCAAAAGGAACAAUUUGA